CUCCCUCCAGCCAGACUGUAGACUUACUGGAAACUAUAGACACCUGAGUGUCGCCCCACUGGCUAAACUAUCCCGUCACAAUGCUGUCACGAAAGCUGACUGUUCAUUUGAUCUUUGCUUUGGCUGGUCUUGCUCUCUCAGACCACAUUACUGAUGUGAGUAGCAGUGAUACAUCCACAGACACAAGCAAUGGAGAUACCAGCGUGGAAACCACAGGCAGUCCUGAUGCCCCAGGCAAGUUCUGCAUGCUGUGCUGUACUGAAGACUGCAUCGAGGAAAGCAGCCAUGUCGGGAGCCAAGGUUGUUGGGUGCCCUGUAUGGAGGCAUGUUGGAAGGAAUGUAUGGAGCCCUAUAUGGAUCUCUGUAUGGAGCCCUGUACACAGGAUUCGUCAAAGGUGUGCGACAGUAAGGGGGACAUUAAUGAGGGCGACGGUAAGGGAGACACUGAGGACGGUACGAGGGACGGUAAGGGAGACGGUACGAGGGACGGUAAGAGAGACGGUAAGGGAGGCAGUAAGGAGGACAGUAAGAGGGAUGGUAAGAGAGACGGUAAGGGAGACGGUACGAGGGACGGUAAGAGAGACGGUAAGGGAGACGGUAAGGGAGGCGGUAAGGAGGACAGUAAGGAGGACAGUAAGAGGGAUGGUAAGGGAGGCAGUAAGGAGGACAGUAAGGAGGACAGUAAGAGGGAUGGUAAGGGAGACGGUAAGGGAGACGGUAAGGGAGACGGUAAGGGAGGCGGUAAGGGAGACGGUAAGGGAGACACUGAGGACGGUACGAGGGACGGUAAGGGAGACGGUACGAGGGACGGUAAGAGAGACGGUAAGGGAGGCGGUAAGGAGGACAGUAAGAGGGAUGGUAAGGGAGGCAGUAAGGAGGACAGUAAGAAGGACGGUAAGGGAGACGGUAAGGGAGGCGGUAAGGAGGACAGUAAGAGGGAUGGUAAGGGAGGCAGUAAGGAGGACAGUAAGGAGGACAGUAAGAGGGACGGUAAGGGAGACGGUAAGGGAGGCGGUAAGGAGGACAGUAAGAGGGAUGGUAAGGGAGGCAGUAAGGAGGACAGUAAGGAGGACAGUAAGAGGGACGGUAAGGGAGACAGUAAGGAGGACAGUAAGAGGGAUGGUAAGGGAGGCAGUAAGGAGGACAGUAAGAGGGAUGGUAAGGGGGAUGGUAAGGGAGACGGUAAGGAGGACAGUAAGAGGGACGGUAAGGGAGGCGGUAAGGAGGACAGUAAGAGGGAUGGUAAGGGAGGCAGUAAGGAGGACAGUAAGGAGGACAGUAAGAGAGAUGGUAAGGGAGGCAGUAAGGAGGACAGUAAGAGAGAUGGUAAGGGAGGCAGUAAGGAGGACAGUAAGAGGGAUGGUAAGGGAGGCAGUAAGGAGGACAGUAAGGGAAACAGUAAGGAGGACAGUAAGGAGGACAGUAAGAGGGACGGUAAGGGAGGCAGUAAGGAGGACAGUAAGAGGGAUGGUAAGGGAGGCAGUAAGGAGGACAGUAAGAGGGAUGGUAAGGGAGGCAGUAAGGAGGACAGUAAGGGAAACAGUAAGGAGGACAGUAAGGAGGACAGUAAGAGGGACGGUAAGGGAGACGGUAAGGAGGACAGUAAGAGGGAUGGUAAGGGAGGCAGUAAGGAGGACAGUAAGAGGGAUGGUAAGGGAGGCAGUAAGGAGGACAGUAAGGGAAACAGUAAGGAGGACAGUAAGGAGGCCAGUAAGAGGGAUGGUAAGGGAGGCAGUAAGGAGAACAGUAAGGAGGACAGUAAGAGGGACGGUAAGGGAGGCAGUAAGGAGGAUGGUAAGGGAGGCGGUAAGGAGGACGGUAAGAGGGAUGGUAAGGGAGGCAGUAAGGAGGACAGUAAGAGGGAUGGUAAGGGAGGCAGUAAGGAGGACAGUAAGGGAAACAGUAAGGAGGACAGUAAGGAGGCCAGUAAGAGGGAUGGUAAGGGAGGCAGUAAGGAGGACAGUAAGGAGGACAGUAAGAGGGACGGUAAGGGAGGCAGUAAGGAGGAUGGUAAGGGAGGCGGUAAGGAGGACGGUAAGAGGGAUGGUAAGGGAGGCAGUAAGGAGGACAUUAAGGGAAACAGUAAGGAGGACGGUAAGAGGGACAGUAAUGAGGACAGUAAGAGGGACGGUAAGGAAGUCGAUAAGGGAGACAAUAAGGGGGACAGUAAGAGGGACACUAAGGAAGUCGAUAAGGGGGACAGUAAGAGGGACAGUAAGGAACUCGAUAAGGGAGACAAUAAGGGGGAUAGUAAGAAAGUCGAUAAGGGAGACAAUAAGGGGGAUAGUAAGGAAGUCGAUAAGGGAGACAAUAAGGGGGAUAGUAAGAAAGUCGAUAAGGGAGACAAUAAGGGGGAUAGUAAGGAAGUCGAUAAGGGAGACAAUAAGGGGGACAGUAAGAAAGUCGAUAAGGGAGACAAUAAGGGGGACAGUAAGAGGGACGGUAAGGAAGUCGAUAAGGGAGACAAUAAGGGGAACAGUAAGAGGGACAGUAAGGAAGUCGAUAAGGGGGACAGUAAGAGGGACGGUAAGGAAGUCGAUAAGGGAGACAAUAAGGGGGACAGUAAGAGGGACGGUAAGGAAGUCGAUAAGGGAGACAAUAAGGGGGACAGUAAGGGGGUUAGUAAGGGAGACAGUAAGAGGGAAAGUAAAAGACAGUAAGUGUGAGUGUAGUCUAACAUUGCUCUUAAGUUCCUUAGCCCUCCCUUGGCCCUCAAAAUGGGGAAGGUGUCUUCAGAGAUACAAUUGAAUUAUUAUGCUAUUUUGAUGUGCAUAACAUUUUUCCCCACUUUUUGACUGUAUUGUUGUUGUUUUUACCUUCCUGAUGUUUUGAGAUCCUCUCUAGUGUUUACAGGACAUAAGGGUCUGAUUGGUGAAAUCAAUGCUAGCAGUAAUAUACAGAAUGACAAUGUAUGAGAAGUAAUGUGUCGCUGCAAUACUGACAAGAAAUGUAUCCAAUUCCAAUGAUAAUGAGUACAUGAUGCGUGAGAUGUUCAAUAAAGAAUCAUUUCUGUGAUGUGGAUUUUUGCCACUAUGCACAACCUGACUCCAGGGCUAAGCCUCUCCCCCUUCAGAAGAAGGCUUCUGUCAGGUUUAUUAUGGGUUUUAGGGUAUAAAAGCACAUUUUAUAAUGAAGUUCACUGCUUUACUUUGAGUUUAUUUUGAUUUCUCGGUUCUCUUUGUUUUAAGAUACUAAGUAUGUUGCAUUUAUUCAAUAGAAUCACUUAUGACAAUCAAAGUUGUAACACUUAAGAUAAGAACGAUUGACAGGUAUCAUGGUUUUUGUUUAUUGAUUGUUUAUGCUGUUCAGGAUUUCCCCUUCUGCUAUACAGAUAAUGUUAUGCCUGUUCAGUGCAUUUUGGUUCAUGGAAGACUGUUUGCUCUCCCACUGCGAGAUGUGUCCUGUUACAGUGAUGGAUGAAGAUGCCAUGUCUGUCAAUCCACUGAAGAAAAGUAUGGAAUGUUGGAUUCAAAAUUC